CUCCCGCGUCGUGUCCGCGAGUCGGUGACGCAGUCUUCGUAUUCCCCGUUCGUACGGACCCCGUCUCCUCAGCCCGUUCGUUCCCUGUUGUCUGUGCUUUUCUCCUCAUGGCGGGCGCCGUCCCCGACCAGUGACACGCUCACACCCCCCAGCCCCCCCCCCCUUCCUCUCCUCAGCGGCCGCAGAGCGUUGUGGGGGAAUCAUGGCGGCCGGCGGCAGCAGUGGUGGUGGUGGUGGGAGCAGCAAGGCCUCUGCUGGGGCCCUGGAGGCGGCUCUGGACAGGAAGAUGCAGGCGGUCACCAACACCAUGGAGUCCAUCCAGAACCUGUCCGGCUGGUGCAUCGAGAACAAGAAGCACCACGCCACCAUCGUGCACUACUGGAUCAAGUGGUUCCGCAGAUCUGGCUUCUCACACAGGCUGAACCUGUUCUACUUGGCAAAUGAUAUCAUACAGAAUUGCAAAAGGAAAAAUGCAAUAAUAUAUCGUGACACAUUUGCUGAUGUGCUUCCUGAAGCGGCCUCUCUUGUCAGGGAUCCAUCUGUGUCCAAAUCUGUUGAAAGGGUCUUUAAAAUAUGGGAGGACAGGAAUGUUUACCAUGAAGAGACUAUUGCUUCUUUUAAAUCUGCUUUAGGUGGUGGAUGGAAUAAACGAGAAAGAAGCGAAAGAAGCAAAAGCUCCCGUGCUAAACCUGUAGAGAAACCACCAGAAACCGCUCCGGUAAAUCCUAAAGCAGUCUUGAAAUCGAAGAUUGUGGCUGAAUUCAGGCCUCAAAGUCUGAUUGAUGACUUGCUGUCUUACAAGCGUUCAUUAGAUAAUGUUGAGCUCAAGGAAAAACAACUCUCAAAUAUGAGAGUAGAUGUUUGCAGUACAGAAACUCUAAAACGCCUAAAAGAUAAAGCUGGAGGAAAGAAGUUUUCUAAGGAUUUUGAAGAAGCAAGUGCAAAGCUUGAGGAGUUUGUUGGCCUCCUGGACAAGCAGGUUAAAAACGGACCCUCCUUGCCAGAAUCUUUGGAGAAUGCAGGAAUAUUCUAUGAAGCUCAGUACCGCGAAGUCAAGGUGGUAGUGAAUGCGUACAAAACAUUUGCUAAUCGAGUGAAUAAUUUAAAGAAAAAGCUUGAUCAACUAAAGGCAACUCUACCUGAUCCUGAGGAGUCUCCUGUGCAAUCACCAACCUUAGAUGCCCCUUCUCCCACUGGCUCAGAGUCCCCAUUUCAAGGAAUGGGAGACAUGAGCCCAUUGUCACCAGAAACAGAGCCAGUGCCUUCUGAUUCACCUGAACCCCCUAAGGACAAUCGCAUUGUGGAGGACAUGGAAUUGUCUGAUGUGGAUGCAGAUGAAGAAAUGCCACAGAUAAUUGUUGAAGAAAGAAAGGAGUCUUCAGAGUCAGUGGCAUCAACCUUAAAGGACACAGUCGGCUCUCCUGCAACCACACAACAAAGUGAUGACACAGCCACAACUCCUGUUGUAACUUCAUCUCCAUCACCUUCACCCAUCACCAGCAGCGCACCAGCACAAGCCCUCACUCCUACAGUGACAGCUGCAACAUCUGCUCCAGUAACACCAUCUCUUGCUAAAACCGUAACCCCUCCACUUAUUCCCCCAUCAAUUCCCCUCGCAUUGCCAAACUUGGCCAAUGUAGACCUGGGGAAGAUCAGUUCCAUCCUAAGUAGCCUAACCUCUGUCAUGAAAACAGGCGUAAGCCCAGCAGCCAAGCCUUCACCUGGUACCCCUACAACACCAACAUCUAAUCUAGGUGCAGCUGUGAAGCCACCAGUUCAGAGUGCACCAAACCCUUUGGCAAAUAUUCUUUCUAAAGUGGAAAUAACUCCUGAAAGCAUUCUUUCUGCCUUGUCCAAAACACAGGUUCCCUCCGCACCAAGUUUGCAAGGUCUUUCUUCUUUGAUUCAAAGUGUUGCUUUGCACAGUGGGUCGUCAACAAUCAGUACAUCAACAGCACCACUCAAUACAGCUGUCCAAACUGUAAAAGCUAGGAAUACCCCAUCAGUAACCCCCCUUUUUUUGCCCAAAACCUUUGGUUAUUCGCCCACAAAUUCUGAUGUUUCAUCCACAUCUACAUGUAAACCACUUGUCCCACCAAGCUCAGAUGCAAAACAACCACAAUCCAUUGGAUUUCCCUCUCAACCUAAUGUGACAGAUGAGAAGAUGAUUAGCCAACCUCCAGAGAUGCAUAAACCUCCUGAGGAAGUGGAAUCUUCAAGUCUUGAACUUAAGAUCCAUAAUUUUUUGAAAGGAAACCCUGGUUUUAGUGGUCUAGAUUUGAAUAUACCCAUCCUCAGUGGUUUAGGUUCCACCGCUGUUUCAGAGGCCCCUUCAGAGUUUAACAGUACCACACUGGAUAAUGUCGAUGGCACUCCCGUCCGUGAUGAAAGAAGUGGUACUCCUACACAGGAUGAGAUUAUGGACAAGCCAACUUCAAGCAAUGUUGAAAGCGUCUCUUUAUUGUCAAAGAUUAUAAGCCCUGGCUCAUCUACCCCCAGUAGUACGAGGUCUCCUCUCUUGACUAAGGACACUGAGUUUCAGAAACUUCAAUCUUUGCCACCAUAUAGAUCUUAUGGUAUUGGUGAAAAUUCACCAAGUGCUUACAUUCAGGCAUCGGAAGUUAUGGAAAAACCUUCAGUUGAUUCAACAUUAGAAAAGUUUUUUCCAGAUACAUCAUUUCAUGAAGAUGAAGACUAUCGGGACUUUGAAUUUGCUGGGCCAACUUCCUCUUCUGUUGGCAACCUAGAUAAAAGACCGUCAAAAUCUAUUCUAAAAUCAAACAUGCAUUUAGAUUCCAUGGAGUAUCCGCCAAACCAGGGUUUCGGCCAGACCCAAGAUUUUAGACAGUCAUUUACUCACUCUGUGCAACCUCCUUUUAAUACUGGGGAGAAGGGUGGUUCAUUGUCUCCAUCUUCUGAUAUGUAUGGAGGCUAUAAUUUAAGAGGCAGUAAUAUUGAUGCCAGUGCGUCACCAACCCUUCCAAAAGAUGAUCCAUUUUACCCAUCUGAUACUAAUCAUAAUAUACAAACACGGCAUUCAGUUAUGGCAAAGUCGCAGUAUUCUGAAUCUUCGCAUGCUUCUCAGAACAGACAUUCAAAUUUUCACGCCCAAAAUAAUCCUCCUCCUACAAGAACAAUUGGCUCUGAACAAUCAGGCUCAUCUAUCUCAGCAUCCACAACAAUUGAAUUUAAAAAUAUGCUUAAGAAUGCAUCUCGCAGACCCUCGGAAGAAAAGUUUGGACAGACGAGCUUAAAUGAAGAUAUACACAUCUCUAGCCAUAGUCAUACUGGGGUAACAUCUGAAGACUGUUCAGAAGAGCAGUAUCGCAUAGAAACCAGAGUUUCAUCGUCAAGUACGGAUUUACCAGAUAGUACUGAAGAAAAAGGAGCACCCAUUGAAACCUUGGGGUAUCACAAUAUGGGAAACAUGAGAUACUCGGGAGAGCCUAUUAAAACUGUAGAAUCUAUGAGGGUUGGCAUGAAAACUGGCAGACCACAUGGGAUUGAUGGGAGCAGAAGUGGUUGGUUUGAGAUGGGUAGUACGGGGAGCUCAUUUGAUGAGGGUCCUUCAAGUGCAGAUGAGCAGCCCUCUGUAGGUGGCAACACUGGUGGUGUUGGGUAUAAAACACAGUAUGAUGAGCACUUAACACGGUUUCAAGACUCUGUCAAUGACUUUAGAGCAAAAAAUAUUCCGCCUUUUGAACAUCUCUUGCCGCCUCCACCACCACCAUCCAUGGUCUCUCCACUGGAUCGAGGUGGGCCAUUUCAAAUGGAACAGGCAAUGCCCCCUAGUGGGCCACCGCCUGGUUUACCACCUGAUCAUGGAAGUAUAUUUCCUAGAGACAUUUCUGUCUCUUCGCAUAUACAAUCUGUGGAACCACCAAAAUCAUUGCCUCAUGUUGCUCACCCUCCCAAUUCAGAACAUGGCCGAAAUCCUUUUCCUAUUCAUCACUCAACAAAACAUGGUGGCAUUCCAUUUUCACCACCUCCUCGUAUGGAUAUGCGACAUCCAUUUUCACAGGACCAUAGUGCAGCCCAUCAAGGGACAAUGGAGCCUUUCCCCAUGCAUCCAAUGUCUGCACGAGAUCACGAACACCUAUCUCGUGAAAAUAGUCAACACAACCAACCUCUUGGCAGGGUUAAUGAACCAAUGGGUCCUAUUUCCAGAGACCUCCAUGGAGGUUUUAGUGGACCUUCACAUCAUGUUGGCUCGCAUCAUAUGAACACUGGUGGCAUGCGAGCACAGCGACCCCAGUUCAGACCUAGAGAACCUUACCACAAUUUAAAACGACCACGGCCACCUUUUGGAAGGGGCUCACGUUUUUUUUCCCCAAAACGUCCUUAUUAUCAACCAAGAUACUAAUACAGCACUCGUGAGAAAAUUUUCAAGUUGAGGCACUAUUAUUAUUAUUUUUUAUUUUUUUUUGUGGUCCAUUUAAGCCUACAUUUGGUUUGGAGGUUCUAAGAUAUCUGUGCUAAAAGCUGAAAGUGUUUGGUUACCAACAUGAUGAGAAUAAAAAAAAAAUAUAUAUAUAUAUAUAUAUAUAUAUAUAUAUAUAUAUAUAUAUAUAACACAUGAAAAUAUUACACAGGAGACUUUUUUUGUAUUUUUUUUUCCCCUUUUUUUUAAAAAAAUUGGCACAGUGUCAAAGUUAUGAAAGGGCUACCUGGAUCCCUCCAUUCGGUGGCAAUACUGUUAUCGUUCAGAGAAGCCCAGUACCAAACAUUUCCGAAUAAAUUCCACCUGAACCAAUCAGUGAAGUCCAAAACCGUCGUCCUGUUCUUUUCAGUGAAGCCAAUCCAGAUCAGCCCAUUGCUUUCAAAAUCCCAGAUAGGUGAGUCACAAGGGAAAUGUAUUUAAGGAGAUCAGUGUUUUUCAGGCUAAAUAUUGGAAUUUAUGUAUUGUUAACUUUUCUUUUUUUUACCUACUCCCUCCGAUUAUCCUCACACCCUACAGUUGAAAGAAACGCAACUUCAAAAUCAGUUAAGCUACAUUCUAGCAUGACGCGUUUCAGAACUCAAUCCGGCUAUGAUGAAUUGCAGCCUGAUGUUCUUGCAGUAUGAGGAGGAGAGUAUGAACACUUGGUGGCUUUAGUAAUACUCCCAAGUUGUACAUGGAUCUGCAUAGUUGUACACGACACACAGUUAAGAGUAGCCAGCUCAUUAGAAAGUGUCGGAUUAUAUGCCCAGUGUUUGUACUAAAUAUAUAGACGUUUUGAAGCUGUAUAAUGGAGACCAAUCUGAUGGUCAUUAUUUUAGUGUGUACAAUAGGCAAUGGUGGGCAAAACUAGGAUGUCUUCUUGGGUGAUUAUAUCUCUGUUCUUUCCACAAACAGAGAUAUAAUUUGUCUUCUGUAUGUACAUAAUGUACAUUUCCUUCACACUAUAUUAAGGUUUUUUUUACUCAUUGUGUGUCAUCUACCAUCUUAGGCCUCAUGCACGUAACCAUAUUAUGGCUCCUUACAACCAGAGUUCUAUGGCGUCAUAUUAUGGCGCACUCACUUUACUGUAGCAUACCCCAAUUCAAUACAGAGCUUUUUCUGUCUCUUAAUUUUUUUUUUUUUACAUGCUCUAUUAGAUGCUUUUAUGUACAGAAACCAUACUGACUGAGCAUGGUACCGCAUCACUGCUAUGUGCACGAGGCAGUAUCAUGGUAAAUUUGUAUAUUUCAAAUGCAUAGAUCUUACCUUGAGGAUAUUGAUGUCAUCCUGAUAACUCGGCCAUAUGCGUAGAGCUUCCUUCUGUGUCCCUACAAACAUUGGAACAUUAAAUACACAGGUCGCAAAUGUUUUUAAAUAAAGUUCAAGUGACGACCACUACUUGGUGGCAGGUUUACAGUGCGUGGCUUCUAUUAUAUUUCAGUAAUCCUUACAGCUGUGAUCUAACAAAAUCCAGAAAUCUUUGCUUUUGUACGUGCAAACUAAAAAAACAAAAAAAACAAAAAAUGGGGUCCUUUUUAGUGAAGGAUAAACCAUUAAAUAAAUAAGCCUUUCUUCAACUAAACAUUUUAGAAGUCUGUACAAAUUGUUUUAAUGACCUUGUUUGCUUGUAUGUUAGUAAACAUUAAAGUGUUCAAUUCUU